AUGAGGGUGGUUUUAGUUUUAGGAUGUGUCGUACUACUUGCGGUGGUGCAAGCACGGCGUCUGUCUUCUAAGACAAGUGAAUUUCCUCAUAAAGUGCGGCUGAUCGAAGGCAGCGCAGAGAAGGGGGACCAAGAACCCGCUGCCAGCGGACACAAGAAGGAACAUCAUCACAAUGCUGAACACAAAAAAGGCGGUGGUAAAGAACACCACGCUCAUCACGAUAACGAACAUGGUGAAAAGGGCCACAAAGCGUACAAGGGCCAUCAUCACCACGAAGAGGGCAAAAAGGGUCAUCGUGACGAAGAACGCCAUAAAGGCGAAUAUGACGACCAUGGUGGACACAAGAAAGAACACCACCACACCGAUGGUCAUUACAACGAACAUCACGAGGGAGAGAAAGGUGAAAAGGGCCAUAAAUAUGAAGAGAAAGGGCACUACAACAAAGGACAUUCGACAAAGGGCCAUCAUGAAAUUCACAAACUCGAUGAGUUCAAGAAAGAUAAAACCUUCUUCGAUGAAGAGGGAGAUUCUGCCCACGAGGAGAAGCACGGAGGAUUCCACGAGGAGCAUGGACACAAGAAGGGCGGGCACUACAAGAAGGGCCACCAUCACGGAGGCCAUCACCACAAGGAACAUGGCGAGAAAGGGCAUCACGAGAAGGGCGGUCACCAUCACGAACACAAGGGUCACAAGGAGGCCGGUGGCCACGACGAACACUAUCACCACCACCACGACCACGCCAAGAAGGGCGGACAUGCGCACCACAAGAAAUUCGGAUACAAGAAGGGACAUUGAUGAGCACGGCUCUAGUGUUGUGGCUAGCAAUUGGAACCCAAAGAUUUAUAAGUCGUGCUCAAAGAACUG